UCCAAGCCACAAACCCAUUUUUGCGUGGCCAACUCAAGUCCUCCCAAACAUACCCGGUCCAGUGUUCUUUGCCCAUACGUCUUCCGCUUCUGCUUCUUCUUCUAUACCCGCCAACACUACCAACCGAAAAUUACAUAACUGAUUCAGUGAUUGCACACACAACCACCCUUUGAAAAUGGCCAUGUUUACACCAAGUCCCAGAGGGGCUGACAACUUCGCCUGCUUUCAUUCUCCCUCUCAAAAAACCUCACUCCCACCACCACGAACAACCCCACUACUCUUCUUCAACAAUAAACUCCAUCAAUCUCAAUUGCAUUCCUUUCCUUCUUUGAAGUUCCGGGUUCUCUGUAGUAUCAAAGAGAAAGAAAAUCUCAAAGAGACUGACAAGGUUACUACUGGGGUGCUCAAUGGACUGAGAGUCAAUGAUUUGGACCAGUCGGGUUCGGGUCCUGAGGAGAGCGGGUCUGGCAAAGUGGGUUCUGAUUGGGAUUGGCCGCCGUGGCAGAAUAUUCCCGAGAGAUAUAAACUUAUUGGAACCACCUCGUUGGCCUUUGUUAUUUGCAACAUGGAUAAGGUGAAUUUGAGUAUUGCUAUAAUUCCAAUGUCACACCAGUUUGGGUGGAAUUCAUCAGUGGCUGGAAUGGUGCAAUCAUCAUUCUUUUGGGGCUAUGCAUUGAGUCAGUUGCCUGGGGGUUGGCUUGCCAAGAUAUUUGGUGGGAGAAAAGUUCUUGAGAUUGGGGUAUUGACUUGGUCAUUGGCUACAGCUCUCGUUCCUUUGCUUGCUGGAUUUAUGCCAGGAUUAAUCUUGUCAAGAAUAUUGGUCGGAAUAGGAGAAGGUGUUUCCCCAUCAGCUGCAACUGAUCUUAUCGCCAGGACAAUACCAUUGGAAGAGCGGUCACGGGCUGUAGGAUUUGUUUUUGGUGGACUGAGUGUGGGAAGUGUUGCAGGGCUUCUUUUGGCUCCUCCUAUUAUCCAAAAUAUUGGUUGGGGAUCUGUCUUUUACAUAUUUGGCCUUCUUGGACUAGCCUGGUUUCUAGGGUUUCAAUUUCUUAAAGAAGGAAAUGCGUCAUUCACUGCUGAACCCAUUUCAUGGUCCCAAUCCACCUCUAAGACACAAACGGAGAAUACAUCUCUAAGAGAGUUAGGUGGCUCAUUGAAGGAAAUACCAUGGAAGUCAUUUUUCCAAAGUCAAGCUGUAUGGGCGAUGAUAUAUACUCAUUUUUGUGGAAGCUGGGGUCACUAUACUUGUCUGUCUUGGCUUCCUACAUAUUUUAGUGAGGAGCUGAACUUAAAUUUAACAGAAGCUGCAUGGGUUUCUAUCCUUCCUCCACUAGCUUCGAUCUUUGUGACUAGCAUCGCAACACAAGUUGCUGACCAAUUAAUUUCCAAUGGAGUGGAAACCACUACGGUACGAAAGAUUUGCCAAUCAAUUGCCUUUUUGUCACCUGCAAUUUGCAUGACUCUUUCCUCUCUGGAUCUAGGAUUGCCGCCUUGGGAAAUUGUGGGGCUUCUCACUGGUGGCUUAGCCCUUUCAAGCUUUGCCCUUUCAGGACUUUACUGUACUCAUCAAGAUAUCUCACCCGAAUAUGCGAGUAUACUAUUGGGUAUCACCAACACAGUGGGAGCAGUACCUGGCAUUGUAGGUGUAGCCCUCACCGGUUAUCUUCUUGAUUCAACUCAUUCUUGGAGUAUAUCAUUAUUUGCACCAUCAAUCUUCUUCUACUUAACUGGAACACUUGUAUGGUUGGUGUUCGCCAGCAGUAAGCCUCAAACCUUUUCAGAGACAGAUUGACCUUGUUCUUGUUCUUUGGAUUUCUUAUUCUUAAUGAAGUAUCCAAUUUGAAGGAAAGUCAACUCAAUGUAAUACUAAUUUGAUUUGUUCAACAGCAUUUAGUGGAUAUCGACUCAUCCCUAGUUGGGUCAAAUUUUAGUUGCGUCACGACAUAGGAAAGACAGCAUGUGUAUAUUCCCAAUGUAUUUGGUUCAAUCAUAUGUAACAGUGUUGUAUAUUUUGACUUUCUUUGGUUGGCCACCAAAGUGUUAAACAUGUAUUUCAACACGAAAGAAUUUGAAUUGCAAGAAUUCCACUUGUACU